AUGCCACGGAAGCUGUUGUUGCCUUAUAAAUCUGUUUUUUCUCGUUUUCGAGCUCCACGGGGGUUGCAUGACUCUUUGGCGAUGAACGCAGCCAGAAGUGGCUACCGGGUCUUCUCGGCCAACUCCACGGCAGCCUGCACCGAGCUGGCAAAGAGGAUCACGGAGCGUCUUGGAGCUGAGCUGGGGAAAUCUGUGGUGUACCAGGAAACCAAUGGAGAAACAAGAGUUGAAAUAAAAGAAUCUGUCCGGGGCCAGGAUGUCUUCAUUAUCCAGACAAUCCCCAGAGAUGUGAACACUGCUGUCAUGGAGCUGCUGAUCAUGGCUUAUGCACUGAAGACCUCCUGUGCCAGGAACAUCAUCGGGGUCAUCCCUUACUUCCCCUACAGCAAACAGAGCAAAAUGAGGAAGAGAGGCUCUAUAGUCUGCAAGCUGCUGGCUUCAAUGCUUGCCAAGGCAGGUUUAACACACAUUAUCACUAUGGACCUUCACCAAAAGGAGAUCCAAGGCUUCUUCAGCUUCCCAGUAGACAACCUGAGAGCAUCCCCUUUCUUGCUGCAGUAUAUACAGGAAGAAAUUCCAGAUUACAGAAAUGCAGUUAUUGUAGCCAAAUCUCCUGAUGCAGCUAAAAGGGCUCAGUCUUACGCUGAGAGGCUUCGCCUGGGGCUGGCAGUGAUCCACGGAGAGGCUCAGUGCACGGAGCAGGACAUGGACGAUGGUCGACACUCCCCUCCCAUGGUCAAAAACGCCACUGUGCACCCUGGGCUGGAGCUGCCCUUGAUGAUGGCCAAGGAGAAGCCACCAAUAACUGUGGUUGGAGAUGUUGGAGGAAGGAUUGCCAUCAUUGUGGAUGACAUCAUUGAUGACGUGGAAAGCUUUGUGGCUGCUGCAGAGAUCCUGAAGGAGCGUGGAGCCUACAAGAUUUUUGUGAUGGCCACUCAUGGGCUGCUGUCAGCAGAUGCCCCCCGUCUGAUAGAGGAGUCCUCCAUCGAUGAGGUGGUAGUAACCAACACAGUUCCUCACGAGGUGCAGAAGCUGCAGUGCCCCAAGAUAAAGACUGUGGAUAUCAGCUUGAUUCUCUCUGAAGCCAUCCGACGGAUCCACAACGGCGAGUCCAUGGCUUAUCUCUUCCGCAACAUCACUGUCGACGACUAGACCUGGCCCUGCCCCUCUCCUGGCUUCCACAAGAGAAGGAAAUGUGCAUGAAAAGGCAAUACCAUACAUUAGAGGCAUAACACAACUGUUUAUUCAUGUAGGGGCGUGAAGGAGUGCAGAGUCUUGAGCCGUGAGAUCUAAUAGAUAGCAAUCAACCUGACCAGCACUUUACAGGUGAAUAGAAGCAGCCACUGGCAGUGGGGAGGAUCACAUCUGAACGGAGAGAGGUGGAGCAGCGAGGUGGUGUGGGAUUCUUAAGUUACUUUGUUUUUUUUUUUACUAUUAUUUUUAUUUUAUAGCGUGUUCCCUGUUGCCCUGUAGUGGGGGAAAGAAAAGGCAAGUAGCUGUCAGCUUCUGAGAAGGGACUAGAGCCUGCUCGUUGCUGUGUGUGGGCAGCAUGAGGAGACAGCCUGUGGGGUUGAGCGUGGGGAAGGGAGCGCUGGGCUGGAUGGGCUUGCUGCUGGCAGAUCUGGUUAGCAGAGCAGCUCCCUGCCAGCUGAGUGUCCUCUCAGCUCCUGCACAGCACAGGCAGGACUUUCAUCAGAGCUAAGCUAGCGGAACAUCCAGACAGGGCAGCUUAGGGCAGCCCAUUCCCUGGGCGACUCACCCCCUGGUGUCGGGGCGCUGGGAACCAGCCCACGUGUGUCUCCCAGCAGGGCAAGGGGUGCUAGUUAAAGUGCUGGCCUUUUCAUUUUGUGAGCCUUGGGUCAUUAGUUGUUCUUCAGUGGCAAGUCACGUGAGGGUUUAGGUCCUCACUUGAACACUUGUCUGCACUGCAAAACCAGGCGCAGGGCUUGGAGUUGCCUGGGGCUGAUGAGUUGUGUCAGAGUCUCGUGAGGGAGUUGGAACAAUAUCUGCCUCUUAGUGCAGCUGUGCUCUCCAAAACACUAACACUGCAAUAAAAAGCAUAGGACUUUUCAUUGGUGGUGCCUCCUGUGCUCCCUGAACAGCUGCUGUG